UAAGAUUGUUUGUACAAAUAAUAAUAUAUAUAAAAAUAUAUGGCCGUGAAAUGUACAUGUCUGCCACUUGCACAUAAAGUUGGGAAGCUUCCCUUUCCUUGUCCCCGUGUAACUUUUAUCUAAUUGUCCAAUCUUUUCAUAUCACCACUACUAUAUAAGGAGCCUUUGAAGUAACCACUUUUACAUAUCACUAGCAAGAAAGAAAGAAAAAAAAUGGCUAUCAUUUCCCUGGAAAAUAGACUAAACAUCCAACCAAGCAAAACCCAUCACCAACAUGGAGUGGUUGUCGAAGAGAUUGAAGGAAUCAUCAGAGUUUACAAAAACGGCUAUGUCGAAAGACCUCCGAUCAUCCCCGAUGUGCCAUGUGAAGCGGUCAAUCCUGAACUAAACGUCAGAAUCAAAGACGUAGUCAUCGAUAAACACACUAACUUAUGGGCUCGGCUUUAUAUAUCAAGCCAGAACGGAAAUUCGUUACCUCUUCUUAUUUACUUCCACGGAGGAGGGUUUUGCGUUGGCUCAGCUUCUUGGAGCUGCUACCAUGACUUCCUGGCAAAUCUGGCUUCAAAAGCCAGUUGUGUGAUCAUGUCAGUAAAUUACCGUUUAGCCCCUGAAAACCGCCUUCCUGCAGCUUAUGAAGACGGGUUCAAAGCCGUCAUGUGGAUGAACCAACAAUUGCUUAACAGGUCAGAUCAUGAGUUGAGCCGGUGCAGCUUGUCGAGCAUGUUCUUAGCUGGCGACAGUGCUGGCGCCAACAUAGCUCACAAUGUUGCUUUACGGCUCGCCAGUUACUUUGGCACAACCGAAUCCUGUAAGGGCACCAUCCUGAUCCAACCUUUCUUUGGAGGAGAGGCGCGGACAGAGUCAGAACGGAGUAGCGUACAGCCUGCUAACUCCGCUUUGACUCUGUCUGCUUGUGACACGUACUGGCGGUUGUCGCUUCCUGUGGGGGCGAACCGAGACCAUGUUUGGUGCAACCCGCUUGCGAAGGGUGGGACCAAGUUGAGUGAUUCAGGAGGUCCGAUGGUGAUGGUGUGUAUAUCGGAGAUGGAUAUACUUAAGGAUAGGAAUUUGGAGUUGUGUGCCGCCAUGGCUAGUGCAGGGAAAAGGGUGGAGAAAGUGGUUUACAAAGGGGUUGGCCAUGCAUUUCAAGUCCUCCAUAACUCUCACCUCUCUCAACUUCGAACGCACGAAAUGAUGUCCCAUCUCAAGGCUUUCAUCAACCGAUAGAAUAUAUGGAUUGAUGAUUUUGUUUUUUUGUUUUUUUUGGGGACGUAUAUAUUUUGAAAUGUAGAUUUGAGAGAAGUUAGAGCUAGUUGUAUUAUGUUAAAAUUUGGUUAUUUUAUUGUUAUUAUAUCUAUGUGAACAAAUUACAAAUAGUAAUGCGGUUCAUGAUUUUUCAUUAA